UGGGGACGUUGAGGCUCGGAUGAAGUAACGGAGAAGAGUCGGCGAUGAGAGAUCCUCUCCAGAGAUGUAGCGGCUGCUGCACGCACGCACACGCACAAACACACGCACACGCGCGCGCGCCUCCGUUACUUGGAAACCGUCGGUUCGCUGCGGAAACUUUUUCUCUUCGGAUGGAAGAAGUUUUUGAGACAAAGCGGUUGUCGCGGAGCUGUCUUUGUCUCCACUGAGUUGUGAUGGUGGAGGCAGCCGGGCUGUGAGCGACACCAUGUCUUGGGGGGAGUCCAUCGAGCUACGCGACCUGAGGCCGGACAGGGAGCAGGUGGAGCGGACCCGUUGCCCACAGUCGCCCCGCUCGCCUCCGCGCCUGGAGAGAGCCAACGCGCUGAGGAUCAGCCCGGGGAAGGUGCCGGACCUGCUGAGCCGGGCGGGCAUCAUCAGGGUGCUGAGCAGCACCCAGGACCCCCACCUCCCCCCCGAGGAGAAGGGAGAGGGACACAACUUCCAGCCCUGCAGCCACGCUCAGCCCACAUGGUGCGACCUGUGUGGGGACUUCAUCUGGGGCCUGUACAAGCAGAGCCUGCGGUGUGCCGAUUGUAGAUUCACGUGCCACUACCGCUGCCGCCCUCUGAUCCAGCUGGACUGCCGCUGGGACCGGGGCUCCGUGGCCGACCACGCGCUAGUAGUGGAGCACGCCAUAGAAACGGACACCAAUGUGGAUGAACAAACCGCAUGGGGAAAGCAGGAGCUGACGACUGCAGAUGUUCAGCAGAAGGUGAAGGAAUACAACGCUCAAAUCAACAGCAAUCUGUUCAUGAACAUGAACAAGGAUGGCUCCUUCACUGGCUUCAUAAAGGUGCAGUUCAAGUUGGCCCGUCCUGUGUCCGUUCCGCCUCCAAAGAAAGGAGGUCAGGAUGCCGGAGGGAGGAAGGCUGCCGGGGUGAAGCGCCGCACCUCUUUCUACAUGCCAAAGGACGCAUCCAAGCACCUGCACAUCAGCUCCCGCACUUCUGCUCGGGAGGUCAUCGAGGUGUUGUUGAAGAAGUUCACUGUGGUGGACAACCCUGGCAAGUUUGCUCUGUUCGAGCGCAGUGAGCGCCAUGACCAAGUGUACGUUCGCAAGGUGUCCGACAAUGAGAGUCCCCUCCGCCUGCGUCUGUGCACCGGGCCCAACGAGAAAGUCCUCAGCUUCGUUCUGAAAGAGAAUGAAACUGGAGAAGUCAAUUGGCAUGCCUUCUCCAUGCCGGAGUUGAAGAACUUCCUGCGCAUUCUGCAGCGCGAAGAGGAGGAGCACGUCAAGCAGAUCGUGCAGCGGUACGCUCAGGCCCGCGCGAAGAUGCGGGAGGCUGUGGCCGGCUCGACCCCCGGCUGAGGCGACUCUGCGUUUUUGGAGGGGAGGGGUGGGAGCUUUUGCGUGCACCUCUUGCCUGGAACAUCACCUGCUGAAGGUGACCAGUCGUCGCUGCAUCCCGAAAAUCCCGGCUAACACAACUCUGAACGCCUCUUGGGUGAACGAGAGCGAGCGAGCGAGUGAGACAGGGCACAAUGAGAGAGAGCGAGAGAGCUAGCGCGAAUGUGCGUGUGAAAUGAUGCGAGAGAUGAGAAGUGCCUUACACCUGGAGAGUCUGAUGUGCCUGAGAGAAUCAAGUUGAGAGAAGCGACACUGGCAGAUGAGGCUGUGACUGUAUACACAGUAAUGUCUGAUAGUCCUGUGUACCUCAGCUGUGUCACUUUAACUUAGAAGAAAAUGGCUUUAGUGCUAAAGUCGAGCCUCAUUAUUGAGCUGAUAAUUACUCGCCUGGAAGUUGCAUUCCCCUUUUUUUACGCAGUUUACAAAAUUGGUAACCUGUCCAGUCAUGACAUUCCUGCCACGGCCAUUUAACUUAAUCUAGUCCUUAAACAACCUACCAGGGAUGCUAUUAAGCCGUUUCUUAAUUUAUCUUGGAAAGUUAAAUACACAUUUGUUGCUGAAGAGUAUUUGGGGUUUUCAUUUGACCCGGCCUCAAAAAUCUGCCAGUUCCUCUCCACACCCCCGAUGGGUGUAACUCUUUUUUAAAAUGAUUUUACUGUCAAAUUGUGAAUUUGACUGAUGUAUGGACAUUUGUAUGCUACUAUGAAUGUCUGAGAGAAGUGUCACUCUGGUUGACUGGAAUCUUGAAUGAAUAUCGGUAUACAUGUGUUUCACAAAAAGCUGUUUGUCAUUCCUUCAUAUCUUUGUUUUUU